ACCAGUCCAACUGAGUUUGUGGGGAGGAGGAAGAGCAUCAUAGGCUCAGAGGGCACAAAGUGACCUUAGCAUGGACAAGUGAGGAAACUGAGGGGGUCCAGGGAGGAGAGUUUACUCAUGAACACACCCAGCCCAGGUCCUCUGGACUCUGCCCAAGGUCACAGCCACUAAUUCAGUGGCUUAGAUAGAACUCAAACCCGUAUUCGUAAUAGCUGCCUGGUGAUCCUCCCUCUGGCCCUCAACCCUCCAUCUAGAUGCCACCCACACCCAAGCUUUUCCAGCUCUCCAAGUAGGGGGUGGUGGUAACUGAUGAGUAGCAACUUCCAGAAAAGAGAAAGUUGAUUUUCCCAUAGAGAAAGCCGGUAAGUGAGUGAGUGAGUAGCUGCCUACAUCCUGGCUCUGACUUGACCCAAGCUCAGCCACAAAGAAAAAUGCAAGAAGCAUCAGCCAGGAGCUGAGGCCAGAGCCUGCCCCACCCAGCAGCUGAGACAACAAGUCGUGCAUCACAGAUGAACGCCGACACACAUACCCAGGCAAGGAGCUUCCUCGGUUUCCUUCUUUUUAAAAUGAACUUAUUGGACUAGACAGAUGCCUUCUAAGACCCCUCCAAGCUCUAAAUCCAUGAUCCCAUGAGACAGCAUUGGGAGAGGAUCUACAGAAGGAAGAGAAGAGACACUGAAGUGAAAAGAAUGAGAUGAGAGGAGCCAGAGGAAGGAUGGGACGCAGGAAUAAGAGAAGAGCUGAAAGGAAAGACAACAGAAGUGCAAGGAGAAGAGACUGGAUGCCCAGAGCGAAGACUCCGAGAGUUGGAAGGGUCGGCCCUUCAUGGCUAUCCGGCCAAAGCCAGAUCCUAAGAAAUGUUCACCAAGCCUCAGCACGGAACCUCCAAGGGGAGGCAUCGCAUUCCACUCUGGAACAGCUCUCAGGCUCCUUGAACAUCCUGGAAAUGGGCAUGUCUGGCCCCUUUCUGGCCUUGACCUUCCUGCUCCUGGCCACCACAAGGCUGCCUGUGAAGGCCUGCAGCUGUGGCCCUCGACAUCCUCAAGAGGACUUCUGUAGGUCGGAUAUGGUCGUCACAGCCAGAUUCCUGUCAAUCCCCCAGCUCAACCACACCCUUUCUCGUUUGCAGUAUAAGAUCAAGGUUAUCAAGAAGUUCAAAGGCUUCGAGGUUCUGGGCGGCAUUACUUUGGUCCCGAAGUUCCUUACCACCCCAGCCCAGGAGAGCCUCUGUGGCUACCGACACAAGGCCCUGUCUAAGAGCCAGGAAUAUCUGAUAGCAGCACGCCUACUGGAGGGCCAGCUGUACGUCACCAGCUGCAGCUUCGUGAGGCCCUGGAGUAGUCUGAGCCCAGCCCAGCAACUGGGCUUCAACCAGACCUAUGCCACCGGCUGUGGUUGCCAAGUGCAGCACUGCCUAAACGUCCCCUGCAAUGUGGAGAGUGACACCAGCUGCCUGUGGACAGACUCACUGAUGGCCUCCUCAGGAGAGGGCUCCCAGAGCCUCCACCUGGCCUGCCUGCCUCGAAAGAGCGGCUUGUGCUCCUGGAAAUCCCUGAGCGCUGAGGCCCCACAGCCAACAACCUGAGCUAGCCCACAGCUCCCCUCCCUGCAUCCUUGCCUCCUCUAAA